GGUGCAGCAGAUUCAGUCAGACUUCAUCCGCUCGGCUCUGGAAGAGAUAUCAGCCAUCUACCAGAUCACUGCAAAUAUCAGAGGCUCGAAAUCCAGAAAUCACAUUAAGAUUUGGAGGAAUACCGCGAUCUGUGAACAGGGGGAUGUUCAGUCUUGCAUCGUAAGGAAGAUCGCCUUGUCCACCUGACACAUGAGGACGACUCAUUGUACAGGGAUCAUGAGGGCUGUGCUUUCGUGAGAUAUCAAAGGAUUCUGGUAAUGUGCCAUGGGGUACGACGUCACCAGGUUCCAAGGAGAGGUGGACGAGGAUCUGUUAUGUCCCAUCUGCAGCGGGGUGCUGGAAGAGCCAGUGCAGGCCCCGCAUUGUGAGCAUGCAUUCUGUAACGCCUGCAUCACACAGUGGUUUGCACAGCAGCAGAGCUGCCCUGUGGACCGCACUGUGGUGACUCUUGCCCAUCUUCGACCCGUUCCCCGCAUCAUGCGUAACAUGCUUUCCAAGCUGCAGAUCUCCUGUGAUAACGCCGGCUUCGGAUGCACGGCCACCCUUCGGCUCGACCAGCUGCAGUCACACCUCAAGGACUGUGAGCACAACCCCAAACGACCCGUCACGUGUGAAGAAGGCUGCGGGCUAGAAAUGCCCAAAGAUGAGAUGCCCAAUCACAACUGUAUUAAGCACCUUCGCAGUGUGGUUCAGCAACAGCAGACCAAGAUUGCAGAUCUAGAGAAGUCUGCAGCUGAGCACAAGCACCAACUUGCAGAACAGAAACGUGACAUCCAGCUCCUGAAAGCUUACAUGCGAGCAAUACGCAGCGCUAACCCUAACUUACAGAACCUGGAGGAGAGCAUAGAGUACACAUCAAGGAUGUGGGUGAACUCUCUCCAGCCCGCUCGCGUGACCCGCUGGGGAGGAAUGAUCUCCACACCUGACGCUGUCCUCCAGGCCGUCAUCAAACGAUCGCUCAUAGACAGUGGAUGCCCAUUGUCAAUCGUUAAUGACCUCAUCGAGAACGCCCACGAGCGUAACUGGCCCCAAGGCUUGGCUACGCUGGAGACGCGGCAGAUGAACCGCCGAUAUUAUGAAAACUAUGUGGCUAAGCGCAUUCCGGGUAAGCAGGCCGUGGUGGUGAUGGCCUGUGAGAACCAGCACAUGGGUGAAGAUAUGAUUCUGGAGCCGGGUUUGGUUAUGAUCUUCGCUCAUGGUGUUGAGGAGAUCUUAUAGUCUGUACAUAGGUGGGUGCCAAUUAUGAAAAGCAGAAAGGGGUUUACAGAGACUGAAUUGAUUCCCCCCCUCUAAAAAAUUCAUCCCACAAAAAAUAUCAAAACCUCUUCAGCAGUCGUUACCUCAAAUUUGAAGGAAGGACACCGGCAAAGAAAGUUCUCCGCUUCGUGGACCUCCAGCAUUCCCUGUUCUCUUUGCCUUAAAUGGACAUUUUUCAAAAAGUGGACCCUAAUGACAAAAACCAACUUGAAACAUUAUCAGGGAUGAUG